AUGGUGCAGUCCAGUCUGAUGAUGAGCCCUGUGUGGACUCCGGCUUUUCCUCCUCCUCACCCAAGCACUGUCAGCCCUUAUUCCACUGAUGCACAAAUAGUACUCCGAGCUCUGCAAGCCAAAUAUGGGCAUCCACUGAAAAAGGAAGAACCCCAGUUUAACACUGCCCCUGCUCCAUCCCCUUAUCAGAAAACGUAUGGUGAAAAAUUCACAUAUCAUGGACGUUUCACCAAAGUUAAGCAAGAACCAGCAACACCUGGGCAAGACAAGUCAAGAAUUGACUCGCUGUACAGCAGAAGUGAAAGAUCUGUCGAGGAUGAUCAACAGAGCCCAUCUGGCAGUACAUCCGGACAAUGUGAAUUGCUUUUGACUCAGACUCAUACCACAGAUUAUAUGAAUCUUGAUGAAGAAGAUGACAAGGUGCAAGUCCUGUUGCAGGAUGGUCGAAGAUCUAGUCUACAUUUGUCUCACCUCGAGGAAAGGCAGACACCUACUUCAUUUCACGCUGAUCGGAAAUUUUCUCAUCCGAACUUUUCACCUCCCAAAUGUGUGUCUACUCCUCUGCUAUGCCAGGACAAUUCUGAUAUCAAUAUGCCCUUCCCCUAUGGACUGACAUGUUCUACAGGGUCACCACCCAUUGACCUCAGUCCUCCUCAGCAAGUUGGGGAAGAUCAAGGUUCUGUCGACAGUUUUUCUUUUUUAGCACCAAACCCUGUACAUCUGAAGAAAAAACUCAUGUCAAAAGUGUCCAGGAAUGGGGGAAAACGUAAGUCCUUAUAUUCGGCGCCAGAAUUUAUGGAAAGGGAUGGUUGUGAUGUCGAGGAAAGAGUUUCUCAACCUACUGGUUUUGUGGAAGGACAACUUGGUAUUUCUCAGUUGGAAUCUGAUGAAAAAGAUUUGGAGGACAUAGAGAAUAUCUUGGACAAAAACGUUCAAACUCCAUCCAAGAAGAAAUGUGCAGGGUUUAAAGUUCCAGUCAAGCCAAAGAAGGUGGAAUCUACCAGGCAAAGCAAGAUUACUGAGACAGCCAUGACCUACCAAAUGAAUUGUCCUAGUCACAUCCAGCCAGGGACCAUAGAUGUCACCAAGCUCACCAGUGAAAGUCUUUCCAGGUUGUCCUCGGAAAUUAGAGAUGCUUCUGAAAUAGCAGUAGCUUUGAGUUAUCAGAAUGGAGCAACACAGCUCAGAGAGGCUCUAAUUGAGAAAAAGAGAGGCUGCAAGAUCGAAGACAAGCUGUCUGGAAUGAACUUCACCUCAUUUCUUGAUAAUGCAGGAUCAGUGUACUAUGUACCCUUUGACACAGGAAGUUCAGACUAUUUAGAAAUUGGAAGGGAAGUUGUAAUUAACCUUAUGAAUUCAGAGGCUCGCAAGAUCUGCUAUUGUGCCCAGGACUGCAUCAAAGCUAUCAUAGUCCAGUUUCGUCUGUCACAUGCUGAUGUUGUAAAUAAACUAGUUAUGAUGGAUCCGAAGGUAGCAUGCUGGCUGACCGACGCAGACAACCCACCGGCAUCAUUCAAACAAGUCUUGACGAAAUGUGGUAUGGAGCUGAAGGAGAGUGGUUCCAUUGAAGAUGACCUGAAGCAACUCAGCUCAGCUAUGCAGCUGCUUUACCAGCGGUUGACGUCUGAGGGCCAGUGGUCACUCUUCUUGAAGCUGGAGAUGAGACUGACACCUAUAUUGUCCUUGAUGGAAUUAAGGGGCAUCAAAAUCAACACAGAGACAUUUGUGAAGUUUGGUGAGCUACUAAAGAAAAAGACUGCAAAGGUUGAAGCAGCAGCCCAUCAGUGUGCUGGACAUCAGUUCCUGAUCAACAGUCACCCACAGCUUAGACAGUUAAUUUUCGAAGAGCUCAAGUUGGACGCCAAACUCCCUGCCAAGGCAAAGAUAGCCAGGACAUCUGUGAGUCAUCAGAAGUCAACAUCUGAAAGUGUCCUUAACCAGCUAAAGGAGGUGCACCCCUUACCUGGACUUAUUCUAGAAUAUAGACAGUUUCAGAAACUGAAGUCUACUUAUGUUGACGGCAUGUUAAUUCACGUGAAGGAUGACUGCCUUCAUACCUUCUGGGACCAAACUGCUGCAGCGACAGGCAGGCUGACAUCAACGAAUCCUAAUGUGCAGGCUAUUCCUAAACAACCUGUAGAGUUGACUGGUGUUGUUGAUAACUUCAUCGUGGGACGAGACUCGGAGACUGUCACAAUCUUCAUGCGGGAUCCAUUCGUGAGUCAAGAAGGUUGCUCCCUUCUUGCAGCUGAUUUCAAGCAGAUUGAGCUGAGGCUUCUUGCACAUCUUGCAAAUGACCCCCAACUCCUUCAAGCCUUCAGUGAAUCAAACUGCAAGGAUAUAUUCAUUGAACUUACCAAACAAUGGUUGGGUAAAGGAUAUGAUGAUAUCACAACCAGUGACAGGGAACAGACCAAGCGAGUUGUCUACUCGGUUAUGUAUGGUGUCGGGAAGGAGAGGCUGGCUGAUUACUUGAAGACCUCUCCAGAUACUGCUAAGGCAAUUAUGCAGAGCUUUUUAGUACGCUUUCCUGGCGUAAAAUCCUACACCAACCAGUCCAUUGAGACGUGUAGACAAAAAGGCUACACACAGACCAUCUUCAAGAGGAGACGCCUUAUCCCAAACAUCCAACACAAGUCUCCUGUAUUGAGGGCGCAGGCGGAAAGACAAGCUGUCAACUUUUGUGUGCAAGGCUCAGCAGCUGACUUGUGCAAGGCAGCUUUAGUCCAAGUAGAAUAUGCUCUGGUGCAGAGGGUACAUCUGAAAUCAAGGCUGCUAAUACAGAUCCAUGAUGAGCUGCUACUGGAGGUGCCUGAUGAAGAGAUAACGGAAGUCAAAGAUUUGGUCAAGUCCAUCAUGGAAUCGAGUGAAGGAUUGUGUGGAGAUUUGGUGGAACUGAAAGUGCCACUCCGAGUGUCACUGAGCUGUGGCAAAACUUGGGGACAUCUGGAAUGUCUCUGAUCUCUAUAGGAUUGCUAGGUCAUAAAAUGUCUGCUGUGCGGUAGACUUACGCUCUUCAGGCAUGAAAUAGCAUUAAUCCCAUUGUGAAGAUUCUUAGUUCGUACUGAUUGGCUAGUUAAAGUAGGGUAUCACCCGUAAAGUAGGGGCUAAUGCUAGGCAGAACAUACAUGUAGUAUCACAUUCUCAGAAAAGUUUGUGAUCUGAGACAACCUCUGUUGAGCUAUUACAUGAGACUGGGUCGAUGUUGUUGGAAAAAUAUCAGAAUAUUGUUGUCUUGUUGGCAGAAUAGAUGGAAGGGUUGAGCAGAUGAUGAAUGGGGAGAACAUUUUUGUUACCAAGUCGGGAAAUAUCAUGUUGUCUUGGACGCGUAGGAGUCCAAAAGUUUGAUCUGUUAUAAUUGUUUCUAUUUACUUUAUGUUGCU